AUGAACGUGUGCUUCCGUGGCGGCGCCGGCGACAGCAGGGCCGCCAGGUCCAUCAGGGGCUUGGCCAAGAACAUGAAGGCCAUGUCUCUCAAGGCGAAGGCGGCCGGGGGCGCCGGUCAUGCGCGGCGGAGGCAGCGGAGGGAGGCAGACCCCCGUGAGCGCCACAAGGAUGGUUCAGGGGCGACGUCGGCCAAGAUCGCGCCGGCGCAGCCGCAGGACGAUCGCCGCCAUGAUCAUCUGCUGCACACGGAGGAGGACUGCGACAAGUGCUGCUCCCCUUCGCUGGACGCCGACGACGAUGCGGCUGAAAAGGGCGACGACGGCGCCGACGAGUGGGUGGCGGAGCCGGAGCCGGGCGUGCUGAUGACGCUGGCGCCGCGCCCCGACGGCACCAACCGCCUCCGGAAGGUGCGGUUCAGGGACGAGCUGUUCGACGACUGGGCGGCGCAGAGCUGGUGGGCGUACAACCACGACCGCAUCGUCGAGCUCUACAGCCUUGUCAACCAGUCCGACGGCGACGGCAACGACGACGCACCUGUCACCCCGUGCCAGUCCGACUCGGACGAAGAAGAACCGCUGCCGGAUGCGACGGCGGCCAGCGAGCCGUCCAGCGGGAGCAGGUCGAGCGGCACGGCGGGGUCGCCGAUACUGGGCCUGGUCACCGCGCCCGACACCAUCAGAGCAUGCAAAACGCCACCACCAACAACAAUGACGACGACGACACCUAAAGCUGUGGCGCCGGCGGCCCGACACGAGGACGGGGAGGAGGAGGGCGACAUGAGCGACCACCAGGAGAGGAACACGCCGUGGACGGAGUGGGUCGAGGAGUACGAGCCCGGCGUGUUCAUCACCGUCCGGGCCUACCCCGACCACCCCCUACAGCUCCGGCACGUCGAACUCAGCCGUGACAAGUUCGGCGAGGUAAAGGCGAGGGUGUGGUGGCAGGAGAACAAGGACAGGCUGCGCAGCUUCUACUCCUUCUGA